CUCUUUCUUCCGGCCAGAGACAGUCUAAAAUCCUCACGAAAAAAUGUUCCGUUUAGAGUUGGUAAUUGGUUUCUUAAUUCUGGCUGUUGUUUCCGGAGAGCCGCAGCAUUACUACCAUCCGAUUGCCUAUCCAGUGCAAUACCUGUAUCCGUCACCGGUGUAUGCAGUGAACAAUCAGCCAUCAGCACAGCUGGAAUCUUCGCAUCAGCCAUCCGAAUUCUUUCGAAGCGGCGGCUUUCCUUAUCAACAAGAGCCACAGCAGCAGCAGCCGUCCGUACCCGCCGGAAUUCCGCACGACUCCCGCUUUUUUAAUUUGCUGUCGGGUAACAACGGAGGAGCGUUGAUCAAAUUAACUUACUCGACUUCUAUAACUACGACAACGAACACAAUCACCAAAUUCUGCACCACGUCCACUGCGCCUUUGAUCACUUGCUCCCCGGCUGGUCGCCGUCGCCGUUCCGCUUCACGUCGCGGUCUCUUUCACAACGACGACGAUGCAACCGCGUUUAACGAAAAAAUUGAUUCAGUAAAACCGGAUUCGGAGCUACCCGCUGCUUUGAAUGAGGAUGUUAAGAUCAACCGUGAAGCUCGUAUGGAACUGCCUUCCUCUUCUCUGCGCUCUUCCAUGUCCGGAAACCGCGUAAUAGGACGUCAACUCAUCUCUUGGGGCGUGUCCACCUCGACAGUGACAGCCAUUGCUACUUUUACUUCCGUUCUUACGGCUGUUUGCGCCAGCACUAGCGGCUUCGCAGCUUGUGUCUCUGGUUAAUUGUUCAUUACAAGAAUGAACUACCCAACCGUGAAGCGUUUGUUUUGGAUUCUACAUUGCGCAAUUUAAUCUGCUCCCGCACUUCCCUCUUCAUAUUAUAUACAUCUCCGUAUAAGUAAUUAGACAUCAACAAUUGGCCAUUCAAUAUUAAUUUAACCCUGCCGUGUGUUUUGACAUUUCGCAUGAACAAGCUGACGAAACACACAUAUUUAUUUUUAUUUGUUCCAUCAGAAAUACAAGCAAAUUAAUGUUCAGA